AUGCAUUUGGAGCAACUUUUACUCUACGCAUUCGUUUUACUUACGGUGGUGGCUUUGCUGGUCAUACGAUGGAAGCGGCAGAAGCUGUACACCGCGGCCGGAACCAUGGACGGGCCAUUUGCUUUGCCUCUCAUCGGUCAACUGUACCUUAUAUUUGGGAAGAAACCUGGAGAUGAUUUAUUUAAAGUUCUAAACCGGUAUUCCCCCUUGUAUAACUCACCGGUAGGUGUUUGGAUCGGACCGUUUUUUGUUGUAGGCAUCAACGACAAUCCGGACCACAUACAAACAGUGCUGAAUUCACCACAUUUGCUGAACAAAACGUUUCACUACAACUUCUUCCGAGUUGGUCGGGGAUUAUUUGCUUCUCCGGAUUACAUCUGGAAAAACGAUCGUAAGAUUCUGAACCGAUCCUUCAGCCCCGCGAUGCUGGCAAGUUUUGUCGAUACGUUCAACGACAAGGACUUUAUCAUGGUGGAAACACUCAAGAAAUACGUCGGAAAGGGCGAAAUUGAUCUUCAUUUGCAUAUAGCCAAGUGUAACAUUGAUGCGUUUUUCAGUACUUCUUUCGGCACGGAUCUUAACAUGCAGAGUCACGAUGAAGCCGAUGCAUACCUCAACAGCUUGGACACAUUUUUCUCGCUCAUUUUCAAACGCAUUCUCUCCGUGCAUCGAUAUCCCAAGUGGCUGUACAGACUUACGGAAGAUUACAAAACGGAGACAAAGUGCUGGGAUACCAUAAGAGGAAUGUCCAAGCGACUGCUGCAGGAGUGGAAGCAACAACCACGACAAACAGAAGUUCGACCUAAUGACGAUAGUUAUGGAAGGAAGCCUGCCCUCAACUUUGCCGACAAUCUUUUCGAUGUGGCCGAGAAUAAUCCUUCUCUGACAGAUGAGCACAUAAUGGAUCAUAUAGACACGAUCAUUGCGGCGGGUCACGAUACAACGGCGACUACAGUAUCGAAUCUUCUGCUCAUGCUCGCUAUUCACCCAGAGGUACAGGAAGCCGUGUACCAAGAGGUGAUGAGUGUGUGUCCGGAUAAAUCUAAACCAGUCACGACCGAGGAGGCCAAUGGGCUUGUCUACACUGAGAUGGUUUGCAAGGAAACGAUGCGUCUGUUCCCAGUGGGGCCUCUUCUUGGUCGAAAAUGUGUUGCCGAUGUGCAGCUGGAUGAAAAACACACCAUACCUGCGGGCAGCUGUGUCUGCAUCGGAAUCUACACCAUUCACCGGGAGCCAUCGAUCUGGGGGCCGGAGGCAGAGAAGUUCAAUCCAGAUCACUUCUUACCGGAAAAAGUUGCCAAACGUCAUCCUUACGCCUACCUGCCAUUCAGUGGAGGUCCCCGAAACUGCAUCGGCAUCCGGUACGCGUGGCUGUCGAUGAAAAUUCUAAUUGCACAUUUGGUACGGAAUUAUCGCUUUGCAACCUCAUUAAAAAUGGAGGAUUUGAAUAUGAAGUUUGCCAUUAUACUGAGGAUCACGAAUGGAUGCAUGGUGUCGAUUGAAGAACGAUGA